AUGAGUCAGGUGCAGAAGCGGAAAAUAGCACCGGUACACAUGUCCGAUUUUGAGACAGAUAUCGCAGCCUGCAAGCACAGCAGGACUGUGUACUCCAAAUCGUUGACAUUCGUCUGUCCACCGAGGAGAGCUUCGAGUACUCUGCAGGUGCCGAGUGCCAGUUAUUCGUUAGAGGAACAUAUCAUUAAUUAUUGGUGUUUUUUGCAGAAUGCCCAAGCUCUAUGUACCAACGAGAAUGUGAGUCUAGCCAGCGACUUUAGAAACUAUUCUGUUUCCCGAAGUGACAGCUCGAUAUCGUGUGGACCUUUGGAUAACAUGACCACCGAAAAUAAAUCAGGCUCACGUGUGGAAAACGUGAUCUUGGAUUACUCGGAGAACUUGGAUCCGAGGGUAGAGCCGAAAGCCGUCGAACAGCCAAGAAUUAUUCCUAGCAAUCCUCCAAUGCUCAGUCUCCCGUCAAACGCAGACGAUGCCAAUACGGAUACCAACCGUGGAAUCCUGGCAUUGGCGACAAGGAUUCUGCGCGUGUUACAUCUCAUGCGUGCAGAAAUCAACACCUUGCGGGAAAAACGAAUACGUCCAGUUGAAACUGGUCUACCAGUAGACAAUUCAGAUGACUUCAUUCUACUGGAAGAAUUGAAGAACACAGAAACUGCCUGCGACAUCGUAUCUUGA